UCUGUUAACCAAAUUGGGGUUUCGGUCGCUGCCGCCAUCUUCGGCGCCAUGGGGAGCCCACCAGCCAAGAUGAAGUUUUGCCCCAUCCACAUGCUCUCUGUAAGAAUCAUACAAGCUAAGAACAUCAAGUCAAGAGACCUGUGGACAGUUCCACUUUCGUGCCAAAACCUUGCGGGGCAAUGUUAUUCACUGCUUGAUACCAGUCUGAAGUAUUUAGGCAUCUCGGGCUGCAGUGGAAAUCUUCCGUCAAGUCCUGACUCCAGCUCUGAAGGACAUCACCUGGGAGAUUUCCUUUCACACCGUUGCCAAGCCUCACAAAUGACAGCAUCAGACUGCUAUGUACGCCUGUGGCUGCCGUCUGCUUCACCUGGAAAGCUUCGGACCAAAACCAUCAGGAAUUCUGACAACCCUGUCUGGAAUGAGACUUUCUACUUUAGGAUCCAGAGAGAAGUUGAGAAUAUUUUAGAAUUGGCAGUGUGUGAUGAAGAUGCACUCACCAAAGAUGACAUGCAGUUCACAGUUCUUUUUAAUCUUGCUAGAAUCAGACCUGGGGAGACAAUCCGCGAGACUUUUGCUUUGAAACCAGAGACAGAGAGGUGCUUUAAGAAAUGGGAAAGUUUGGAAGUGGAAUUCUGGAUGGAAAGAGUUCCUGGCCCUCCAGAGCGUCUCAUUACCAAUGAUGUCCUAGUGUCUCGUGAGGUUUGCUGCUUGGAAGUGCAUGUGGACAUUAAUGAAAGCAGGAAAUACUUGAAAGAGGGUAAAAAUCUUGUGCUUACGGUGCCUGCAUCCCAUGAGAGAACCCAGAAGACGACAGAGGACACCGAUACUUUCUACUUCCACUGCGUGAAGGCUUGGGAGCCAGUUCUAAAAGUCAGGCUGCAGAAAGUUUCUGAUAAGGAAGAUGACAACAGCAAUUUAAGUGACACCUUAACAGUACCACUGAAAUUUCUCCCUGUUGGACAUAAAGUGAAAGUAACCCUUCCUGUAAGACAUAAUGUGCCACUACAGUUGUACCUCCAACUGAAUGCUUGCACAGAGAAACUAGAUGUGCGCUUAGGGUAUGAUCUGUGCCAAGGAGAGCAGGAGUUCCUGCAUAAGAGGAAGAGAGUCGUUGCCGGAGCCCUGAAAAGGGUUCUUCACCUGGAAAGAGAUCUACAUGGACAUGAGGUCCCAGUAAUAGCUGUUAUGGCAACAGGUGGAGGUCUCAGAGCAAUGUCAGCUAUGUUUGGCCACCUCUUAGCUCUUCAGAAGCUAAAUCUGUUGGACUGUGUCACCUACCUCACUGGGGCUUCUGGCUCAACAUGGACCCUAGCAGACCUGUAUGAGCAUGCUGACUGGUCACAGAAGUCUCUCGAGGGGCCACUUAAAGCAGUAAAAGAACAAGUGACAAAAUGCAAACUCAACCUUAUGUCUAUAGACCAUCUGAAGUAUUAUCACAAGGAACUUGCUGAAAGGGCAAAAGCAGGACAUGUGCCAUCUUUUACAACUCUGUGGUCACUUGUUCAGGAGAUGUUCUUGCAUGAACGGCCAAGAAAGUACAAACUCACAGACCAGCGCAAGGCACUGGAGCAUGGACAAAACCCACUGCCUUUCUAUGCAGUCCUCAAUGUGAAAGAGGAGAAGUUUGGUACUUUCAAAUUUAGAGAGUGGGCAAAUUUCUCUCCUUACGAAGUGGCCAUGCCAAAAUAUGGAGUCUCCAUUCCUUCAGAAUAUUUUGACAGCGAGUUCUUCAUGGGAAGGAGAGUGAAGAAGCUGCCAGAAUCUCGGAUCUGCUAUCUGGAAGGUCUUUGGACAAACAUCUUUACUAGGAAUUUGCUGGAUGGCUUGUAUUGGUCCUCAAAUUCAAAUGAAUUCUGGGAGCGAUGGUCCCAAGAUAUGGUAGAUAUAGAAAAACAUUCUCCUGAGGAAGAUGUUAGUGUUAUUGAGCCUCCAUCUUGCUUGUCAGGAAAGCUGUAUGAAAUGUUUCAGGACAUCAUGACCAAGCGUCCGCUGCUGGGAAAGUCUCAUAACUUCCUAAGAGGCUUAGAGUUUCACAAGGAUUAUAUCCAUCAGAAAAAGUUUAUUGAAUGGAAAGACACUGUGCUGGAUGGUUUCCCUAACAAUCUGACACCACUGCAGAAGUAUCUUUGUCUGAUAGAUGUUGGCUACUUCAUCAACACCAGUGGUGCAGCACUUUUCAAGCCAGAGAGGAAUGUCGAUGUCAUUAUAUCCCUUGAUUAUGGUUUGGGACAUGUGUUCAAGCAAUUAGAGAUGACAUACAAAUAUUGCAAGAUACAAAAUAUCCCAUUCCCCAAAGUGGAGCUAAGUCCAGAAGAAGAGAAGAACCCAAAGGAAUGUUACAUAUUUGCGGAUGCAGAGGACCCCAGAGCACCCAUAGUAAUCCAUUUUCCCUUGGUGAAUGACACAUUUAAGGAAUUCAAGGAGCCAGGAGUGAGACGUGGUCACUCGGAGAUGGAAGAAGGCGAAGUAAAUCUGGAGAACAGCUGCUCACCCUACUACCUCAUUAGGCUAAUUUAUUCCUCUGAAAAUUUUGAUAAACUUGUGAACCUGAGCAAAUACAACAUCCUCAAUAACAAAGACCUGCUUCUCCAGGCAAUCAGGAGUGCUGUAGAACGAAAGAGAAGCAGAAGGACUGGGAAUUUCCCCAGCUACUCUGGAUACCCCUAGGCUGGGUAUGCAGCUUAUUUUUGCCCUGUUCCCCACUGAAGGCUGUGGCAGCACAUUGCAACACAUCACAGUCACAUUACAACACAUCACAGUGUUCAUUGUUUGCAGAAAACUGACCAAAUCUGUACAUUUCUCACCUUGCCAUGUUCAGGCUCCCAGCUUUCAGAAGGGUUUAUUUUAUCUCCUUCCCCCACAUUUUCAGACCACAAGAGUCUCACAGUGUGGUCUUUCUUAUUAAGAAAUUAGGGUCCUGGUAGGCAGAGACCUCCCAGGACCUCCUUGAUGUUACAGUAUAUGGUGGUGGUGAUAGUUCUUUGUAUGAGCCUGUCCCUUCAACCCUGAGCCCAUUGUUGGUGUCCUUUCAAUACUUGAUUACAGAUCAAGUCCUGGCCAUUUGCAUUCAGUGAUGUCCAGAUUUUCAGAUAGGCUGAGCAACUAGAAUUUGCACUGAACUGGUGGGAUCAGCUUUGAAGUCAGGCAUAUAUAUAUGUGAAAAGCAGCCAAACUGCAUUGUGGACAAUUGCACUCUGUUUGGCCUAUUUCCCUUGCUGAUUUAGAAGUUAUUCCUUUUUUCCAUUCCCCUGCAAGACUUUGGCACAGAAAUGCUGCUCCAGACCACCACAAAGGGGGCAGUUACAUUUCAAAAGAGAGGGCAGUAGCAGCAGUGAGUGAGCACAGCUCCUUCGAGCAUUGGCUGCAGGAAAGGUUCUGCAUAAAGCACAUGUGAUUGCAUUGAUUUAUAUCAGCAGUGCCUUUUUUGAUUAUAAUGUCAAGAGCCUGAAACAAGUUUUUCAUAGCAGAAGUUUGAGAGGAAUAAUUACCAUAGACUCAAGUACAUUUAAUUUAGUGAUGAUGACUGAGACGUAAGCUGGUUCUCCUUACAGAUAUAAACUGAAUGUAGGACAACAUAACUCAUGAACAGAGUGCAGAGCCAUUGUAUUUUCACACACAGAAGAUUUUUCCCUUUAUAGUCUUCUACCCCUAACAUCACAGGCAAAGUAUUUUUAAUAGGUGCUACAUAAAAUAGAGCACAAAUUUAAAAAAAAUAGGACACAUUUUCCUCCUUGCUCGUGGAAAAUAUUUGGAAAAUGACGCCUGGCUUUCAUUUCCUCUGGAAUGCAGUGAGAGACUUUGCCUUGAGCUAGAAGCUUGGAACAUCUUUAUAGCCCUCCACUAGAUUAAAAAAUCAUAGGGAAGGAUGCUGAGCAAUAUAAAACAGAGCUUCACAGAAGUUUGGGAAGUUUGCAGACUUCCUCACACUGAAGAAUUUGGACCUGCUUCUGAAUUAUUUUUUCCAAACACAGCAUAUUCAUCAUCAGGACUUCCAAGGAAAAUCUUACAUAUUUCUUCUGUGUUGGAAAUUUACUUGAGAUCUAGAAUUAGUUGUUCUUGAAAUCCAAAAUCAGACAAAGAACGAUAAAGAGGGGUCUGUCUUUUUGGUAUACACGGACAGUACUGAAGCUCUAAAGAGAGAGCAUUUACAAAAGACAUGAUUGCCUGAAGCCUGCAUCUACUAAACGCUGCUUCUGCUGCAAUGGCUGAGGCUCAGCAAUGCUUCUUGUACAGUGUUUACUUGCUGAGCUGAGGAACACCGUCCAGAACUGAGGAGCCUUAACAGCUGGAAUGCAAAUGUACCUCAGGACUCAGAUCACGAGAAGUUAACAACUAAUCAGAUACUGGCUGCAAGACAGAACAUAAAGAGCCAUUUUGAGUUGGGAGUUGAUCCAGCUGGAUCUGUUACCUUUGCUCAGGAGAGCAGCAUGUCCUGGCCCAGCACUGUGUGGCACAUACAAGCCCACAUGGCUCUGUGCACACAUGUGCGCAGGGUGUGCAGCAUUUCCAUGCUCCUCUGGCUGGUCCUAGAAAGCUUUGAUGCUGCAAAAAGAUAUUGCUGUUGUGUCCAUGGGCUACAGAGAGCAAUCUGUAACCCUUGUGAACCUUGGCAGCAUGUACCCAGCAGUGAGGCAGCUCAGCCACACUGAGAAAAUUUGAUUUUGUUCUUACAAAAUGCUCCACAGACUAACAACUGGAGCAUGUUUGGUGCAUUCAUAGUGCUGCUAAUACAAACAGAAAGGCCCAGUAAAAUGUGAAGGAGCCACAAAACCGCAAAGUUUUCAGGUAACCCACAGCUGGUGGGGAAUUACUGUCUGAGGGACUGUUAAACCC